CGACCCGCGAGUCCCGAACGAGGAGGGAGAGCGCGCUUCCAGCCAUCGCGGCUGAGUCAGAUCCCCCUCAUUCAUCAAGCGGUGCUUCCCCGUGUGGUCAAUCCUUCACUACAAUGCCAGCACUACCAUGAUACUGUCCUGCCACUCUUCCCUCCCUGGACGCAGGGGCAGCAGUGUUGGCUCGGGAGGCCCUUCAUGAGCUUACUGCUUUUUCUUCUCCUGCUGUGCGGGGACAUCUGCUGUUCGCUACCCAGCGAAGAAGCCAACCGAGGGGCACACGAAGAUGAAGUAAGGCAGUGACAGACAGCGCGUUCCAUCCACGACACCAUCCCACUUCCGUGCAUAUUCCUGCAGACACGCCCAGCAGGUGACGCUGAGUAUUUCGAUUACAUUGUGGUACGAUACGAACCCGCUCACGCACAGCAGUCGGUUUGAUGUGAUGACAUGGACGAUGGUGUUCUUGUGUCCACGCAGGUGGGCGGUGGUACUGCGGGAAUCCCUCUGGCGUUUACUUUGGCUGAGGAUGACAAGCACGUGCUGCUGAUCGAGAGGGGCGGCAGGAGGGAGGAGAAUGUCGAGUCACUCACAUUCGGGGGAUGGGGUCCUGGUCUGCGCAAUCCUGAUCUUGCUCAGGAGAUCCGCACGCUCGACAAGCUCGUCACACAUGUGGGCACUGUACUGUCGGGUGGGACGGCUAUCAGCGGAGGCCAGCAAAUAGCGGAGGUGGCUGAGUACUUCCACUUCCUCGAAGAUGAGUUUGGUGCGUCCUUCGACCCUCACCUUGUCAACGAAGUAUGCAAGAGACAGAAGCGUGAGGCUCCUCUCUCUCUCUUCCAUCGCCUGUCUGUCUGUGGCUGUGUGUGUAUGUAUGCAGUCAUACUCUUGGAUCUUUCAGCAGACGUCUCAGCCGAUGGGGUUCAACGACCCCUACAGCUCGGCCGCACGACGGGCUCAGGAGGUUGUCGGCUUCACCCCUGUUACCGAUGCAUCACAGUUCCUCGCCGCGGGCUCCUUCAUCACAUUCUCCCUUUUCGAGAAUGACGGAGAUGAGCUGUCGCCCGAUCGGAAGCGCUUUGCUGCGGACGUCCUGCUCAACGGAACUCUCGCUGACCCUCCUGGUGUGCCGAGCGGGCUGAAGGUCAUGUUACGCAAGACCGUCCUGCGCGUCGACUUUGACACGAGUGGAGAGCGGCCUCGCGCCACGUGUGUGGCCUACGUCGAUUCGCCAGGACCUCCUGAGUCCAUAGACUCUCGUGCCAACGCAGGACUGUCCAAGAAAGGACGGCUUGGAAAGCAUGGCGACAUUCAACGUGCGUGCAUCAAGCCUGGUGGUAUGAUCUACUUGUCAGCUGGAGCGAUCCUCACACCGACCUUGCUCAUGAACAGUGGCAUCGGGCCCGCGGAAGUGGUCGGCAACAUUAAGGGCGUUGAGUUGGUGAAAGACAUCCCUGCUGUAGGGCAAAACCUGCAGGACCGCAUCGCGACCACGCUGCUGGUCUUCCUCGACAGGAAGAUCCCGGCUGGCGAGCUCAAUGUCACGCUCGGCUCCACUACAGGCUUCCAAGUGACAGGCGCCGACUGUCCCACCGACUUCGGGUGAGACGGCGUGAUCGAGUGCCACAAAUAGCGCGAUUCAUCUCUCCCUCUGUCUUUGAAUCUGUAUGGAUGCGUGCAGCAUUGGCGACGUGAGUUUGGAUUGCACGUAUGUCAACUCUGAAGAGGGUUCGGGAUUCAAGGCCAUCGACCUGUUCCUGGCGACGCGAGUCGUCCUCCCCACCGCAUUGCGCACUGCACCGUACGGACGAAGGCAUAUCAGCACUCGCCUCAUGCGCCCGGCGUGUUCGCUCGGAUCCUGUGUAAUGUGUGAUGUGUUCGAUUGUAUGUACGUAUACGCGGGACUGCAGUGAGACCGACUUCCUCGUGUCAAUCGUCGCUGAGUGCUAUGACAACCAAGACAGCAUCCUGUGUGCACCGCUCAAGCCGGUGUUCGAAUGUUUCAGGUAGGAAGGAGAUGAGCGAAAAGAGACGCGACGCGCCCAGGCACAGGCAGAGAGACAGACAAGAUGCUUUCUGCGAUCCGUGCAGGAAAGUCGUAGGGUUUUUUACUUUUCCGCCGGUGACCAAGUCGAGGGGCAGCGUGACUGUCAACGAAGGGGGCGAGCCAAUUGUGUUCGGCAACUUCUUCAGCGACGAGGAGGGGAUCGAUAUCAGCAGUGCCGUCACGGGCCUCAGAACAACCAUACGCGUUUGAGGGGCAGGGCACAGCACACACUGAUGCAGUGACCAGACUGAGGGACACUCUGCAUGUGUGUAUGUGUGGAGUUGCCUGCUGCCUGCAGAUGGUGGGCAGCGGAGAAUUUGACGGCAUCCUGCAGGAGAGAGGGCCUCUCUCCUGCCCCGCAUUCAUCUUCAACAAACUGCUCGACAUGCUCAUUGUCGCAACACGCCCCCUCAGUGAUAUAUCCUUUACCGAUGAGGCAACUCUCCCCUCGCUGACGGCCUUUCUCGAGGCGAUGCAGAAGGGCUCGCCUGAAGAGACUGCUGGCUCACAGCAGGCCCAGGACAUGCUGUAUGCGCACUUCCUGCAUCGAAGGCGGCAGGACGUCAUGGCGAGAGAAACGGAGGGUCAGGGCGCCUCUCCGUGGCUGGGGGGAGAAUCCGCUGUUGCCACGUGGCUGAGACAGCAACUCGAGAUGGCCAAGGCAGAAGCGUCUUCACACGCAAUGGCUUUGGCACCGGUAUGUAGAUAAGAAACGCAUGGAGGUACAUGCAUUUAUGCGGUGAACGAAAGUGGUGUCUUCUGUGUGUGUGUCUCUGCCUGCAUUCAGGAGAGGGCGGGAUUGCACGACGAGGCGUGCGAGUCCGAUCCACAGGGAGAUGUGUGCGUGAGUGCCCAACUUGAGGCCGCGAGGCGGUUUGCAGUGCUGCCCCCAUUACCGACAGGUCAGCCAGCGAGGCAGGCAGGCAGGUAGGCAGACACUCAGACAUGCAACACAGUUGAGUGAGUCCUCUGUGUGUGUGUGUGUGUGUGUCCAGAUGUGGCUGAUGCGGAUGGUCUGGAGGAAAUCGUCAAGACAGCAGGGACCACCGCUUAUCACUGGGCGGGUUCUGCGGCAAUGGGCUCGGUGGUUGAUUCCAGGUUUCGCGUCGAGGGCAUCGAUUCCCUCUCGGUCUGCGACGCAUCUGUCCUCCCUCAGGUCAGCCAGCCAGCCAGCGAGGAUGGCAGAGUGUACUGAAUGUGCUGACUGUUUAAUCAAUCGUUGCUUUGUUGAUGGGACUGUAUUUGUAUGAGUAUCACGGACACACAGACGAGGGUUACGUUUAAUGACAGUUUCUCUCUCUCAUCGUUGCUUUGUUUGGUUUCCAGGUGACACGAGUGAACAUACAGGCGACCCUGAUGAUGCUUGGCAGAUACGCAGGCCUGCUGCAACGAAGGGAUCGGACAUAGACAGCCGGCACAUAGACGGACGGACGGACGGGGGGCACUGUGUGUCGAUGUGUGUUGCCGGCCAGCGUGGCGUGGCGUUCGCUUGUGUAUUUGGAUGGUCGGGACACAGGCAUUGUUUCCGUUUCGGACUGAGAGAGUAGUGCGAUAUGCGUCCAGUGCUGGACUGAUGUGCGUGGACACUCAAACUAUCAUCAGACGGACAUGACACAUCUUCUUUCUUCACGCUAAAACUUCAGUGGAUUCUUUGGUUGAAGUGUCAGCCUGUGGGCAGCACUCGCUGCCAGGUAU